CAGCGUCUCUGCCCGGUUGGAAAAGCUCGCGAUGCUUCCCCCCUGCAUAUGCGCCCUUUACCGCUUUCAACAUGGCAGGAGGCGAACUCGUGUUGGAAGGCAGAGUGAGCGUGACCGGCUUUGUGCUGGGUCUGGCCGUUGUAUUCAUUCCGGUGCUGACCUCGGUGGAUGUAACCGGAACUGGGGGAAAGGGGAUCCUUGCCAUUUACUUGGGAGUGGUAAACGCGACCCUGCUGGUUUUGUACAAUGGGCAUAUUCAUAAGGUCGCCAUGCGUGCCUGUCUCCUUGGUUUCACGUUCGGAUGCGGCUUGCUGAUAAGCUUUGGUCAGACGACAUGGUCACACUUUGGCUGGUACAUGUGUGCCUUGUCCUUCUUUCACUACUCGGAGUACCUGAUGACGGCUGUCAUGAACCCUCACAGCCUGACACUGGACUCCUUCCUGCUGAACCACAGUGUGGAAUACACCGUAGCAGCGGUCUGCUCCUGGCUGGAGUUUAUACUGGAGAAACUCCUGAUCCCAGACCUGAAGCAGUGGAGAUGGCUGAGUCUACUUGGUCUUCUCAUGGUCCUCUCUGGGGAGGGUCUGCGUAAGUCGGCCAUGAUGACAGCUGGAUCCAACUUUAACCACAUCGUCCAGAAUGAAAAGGCCCAGAGUCACGUGCUAGUGACCGCGGGCAUCUACUCCUGGUGUCGCCACCCGUCCUAUGUGGGUUGGUUCUGCUGGAGCAUUGGCACACAGGUCAUGCUCUGCAACCCCCUGUGCCUGCUGGGAUACACCUUAGUCAGCUGGCGCUUCUUUCGGGAGCGUGUUGAGGAGGAAGAGCUGUCCCUCAUCCUCUUCUUCGGUGAGGCAUACCUGGACUACAAGCGCAAGGUUCCCACUGGCUUGCCCUUCAUCACGGGAAUCCAGAUAGAAUCUUAGACUCUGAAGAGGUUAGGGUUGCAAAGGGCUGGUAAAUUUCCAGAACUUUUCCAUUCCAUGGGAAAUUAAGCUGGGAAAGUUUGGAAAAUUCCAAGUUGGAAACUUUCCGUGGGAAUUAUAGGAAUUAAUGGAAAAUUCUCAGACUUUUGUAACCCUAGAGGAGACCCAUCAAAGCUUGUGAUAAGCGAUGACUGUGGUGGUCCUGUUAAUGCAGUUCACCACUUAGUGGCUGGAGGAACAAGUGGCUGGAGUAUGCGGGCACCGUUAAUGGUGCAAUGCCACAGGGAUUUCUCCGCGUGCGGAAGAGACCACGACGUCCUGCCUGGAAGCUCUGAUGCCGCCACACCACACAAAGCAGCUGUUCCUUUCCUGCUUGGCGCUUUCCAUGCCCUUCACACCAGACCUUCCAUGAGCGCAGAGACAGUGACUACCUCUUUGUCAUGCACAGACCUGGCGACUUUUAUUAAAUAUUGUGUUUGCGAGACAAAAUCUUGCGCACUUAUUCGUUUUUUCUUUGUUAGUGCCCUCUUUUAGAAUGAGGGUGGUCCAGCCAGUCCACAUUUUUUCUAGAAAACCAACACAGGUAAAAAAAUUGGUAUGAAUUUGGCAGAGGGGCAAAAAAGAGGGUGUUGGGUUUUUUGGGUUCUUGGGGUUAAUUUCACAGCUUGUCCGUGUCAGUCCUGAUGCCUUUGACCGUUAUAAGUAUUUACAAAGCAGUUCCUACCCUGCCUUUCAUUAUACUUUACCAUCUUUUUAUAACUGAGCUGAAUUUCUGUAUUUCAGUUAUUCUGUGGGGUGGAUGCACAACAGACUACAGUCUUUUUAUUGCCAGAAAAGCUAUUCAAAAUUGAAUGGUACCUAAAUAAAACUCCUAGUUUGUGCUCCCCAAAGCAUAAAAAUGCACGAGUUCUAAUGCUUUAUAACCUGCAUUUUUCUGCAUAUACAUAUAAGGCAUUUCAACAGAAGUGUAUGAAAGUAGGGGGCGGCAUGGUGGUGCAGUGGUUAGCACUGUCGCCUCACACCUCUGGGACCCAGGUUCGAGUCUCCGCCUGGGUCACGUGUGCGGAGUUUGCAUGUUCUCCCCAUGUCGUCGUGGGGUUUCCUCCGGGUACUCCGGUUUCCCCCCACAGUCCAACAACAUGCUGAGGCUAAUUGGAGUUACUAAAUUGCCCGUAGGAGUGAAUGGUGUGUGAGUGUGCCCUGCGAUGGGCUGGCCCCCCAUCCUGGGUUGUUCCCAGCCUCGUGCCCAUUGCUUCCGGGAUAGGCUCCGGACCCCCCGCGACCCAAUAGGAUAAGCGGUUUGGAAAAUGGAUGGAUGUAUGAAAGUAUUACUGUAAGAGUAGCCUGGGAUAAUGUCUGACUGGUGGGACUGAUUGAAUCGGUGCUGUGGCUGUUUCACUUGGUUUGAAAUUCCUUAUUAAGCACGUACUACUUUGCCUGAUGUGUUGCUGAGGCUGAUGAUGUUGGGAGUCUAACUGUGAACCUGUCGUAUGCCUGAAUGCUAAUGUGGAGAAGGGCUGCACGAUGAGUUGAGAACCAGCUUCUGUAAUGAUUUUUUCCCCUUAAAUUUAAAUGUUUAUUGCAUUCAUUAAACCGCAAAAGGAAACACAACAAAAGAUGACUGUGCCAAAUAUAUGACUGAUCCAGGACCAGCUUAUCAACUUCCGAUAACAGAAAGGAAACGUUCAAUUGGGCAUACAGUUAGGGUAACCAAAACAGCCAUACCGAAAGCUCUAGUACCAAAAGUCCCAAUGGAAUACUUUUUUAGUACUUCGGUACUUUGGGGUGGGACUUGAAAUGAUUUCAUUGUUGAACUGUUAUGCAAAUAGCCUGCCUCUAAAAUGCAAUACAACUGACGUCUUGAAAACAGUUGUGAACUCAGAAAACAAUGAUAAAUGAGGUCAAAUAAUAAUAAUGUAUACAGGACAAAUGAAGUGACUCAAGCUUUAACGGCGAUCUGGUCUGAAGAAGCAGAGAUCAGGAUAGGAUAAAAGAAAUAUUUUGUUUAAUAUACUAGGACAGCACAGUAUUGGAAAAUCUCUAAGUAUUGCUAUGUGAUUUUGUUGUAAUAAAUAUUGGGGUAUUUACAAAACAAAAAAGGAGUUCAACAAAUUUCUCAAAAACCCAUCUUGAAGGGAUUUAAAUAGCAAGGAUGAAAAUGAUUACGACCGUCUCGGAGAACGCAUGCAUCGUUCAUGCAAAGGCAGAGGAGCUAAACUUUUAAAGUGAUUUUUAAACAUAUACUAGAUAAUCUUGAAAAAGUAAUAACUAAAAUUGCUAAACUUUAUACAUUUUUCCCUACGACAGAGUAAAAAUGUUUUAGCGAAAUGUAAACUCGCCACACUAUAAUAUCCGUACCGAAUUGAAGGUAAGAAAAUCUAGCUUUCUGGUGAAGUAACAAUUGCACAUGUGAUGUUGGUGUUAAUAUCAUAGCCCUAUCCUAUACUACAGCCAUUUUGCAGUACUAAACACCCUGCCUUACGUUGUGAUGUCAUUCAGUGCUGGUACCGGUUUUUACACCAGUGGAAAAUCAACGCCUUGAAGUACCAUACUUUUAGUCCUUUCUUGAAGUACCAAAAGUAAAAUAGUUGGUGUGAUGGAAAAGUACCAUUUAAAGAGAAUAUGGAAUUAUGGGAUGCUUGAGACUCUGGGAAAAGUAGGAAUACUUGUUUCGAUCCAGCUGAUGUAAUACAAUGCAGAAGAACUGUUGUAAUUUAUAAAUGAGAUGGGGGUUUUAUUUUUUUAUUUUUGAUUAAUUGUGCAGCCCUAUUGUGAAGAUAUUAAGUUUCUCCUCCCCCAGGGCGAUUCCCAGGGUUCAUGUGGUACCACACUUUCCUUCUGACCUCUGGUGCAUGUGAGCAAUACUGCUGAACUGCUUUAAAAGCACAUUUAGGGAAAACUGUGCAAUUCGCUUUUAAUAACUUUCUGAUUGACAAACUGUCCUCCAGCGAUGAAAACACUUUUCACCCACGCACCUUUCCCAUACUGCUGCUUUCCAUUUUUCCAUACUAAUUUCAAACUGUAAAUAUGUAUUAUACCUGGAAAUGUUUGAUUUUCUACUAUAUUGAAUUUGUUUUUAUUUGAGAUAAGGCUGAGAUAUGAAAAAAUAAUAAUAAAAUGACUUCAAUUACUUUAA